AUAGUUCUCGCGAGAGUUUGAUGUGGGCGAGACUCACACGUGAUUUGGCAGAGUCGACCAUUUUGUUACAACAAGGAAUGGUUGGAAGGUUCGGGUGACGGUUUUUGGUGGCGAUUUUUACUACAUGUAGGCAGAGAAACACACACCAGCCAUGUUUCCGUGCCGACCAGUCCCAUCGUACAUCACAGUUUUGUACAUCUAUGCAGUCAUCAACCUGUUUCUGCUGCUCCAUGUGUGCACUGUGGAUGCUGAUGUUAUCGUGACUGAUAGCAUUAACAACACAGUAAACUUCAUGGAUAUGCCAUCCAACUUUGGGUCCCAGCUACCUGACAUGGGGAUACAGGGUUACCUAGCAGCCGUGAACCCGCCCCAUGCUUGUAAAGCCGUGGGCCCCCCUCCUCCCAACAUCACAGAGUUGAACCCCAUCGCCUUGAUUCGCAGAGGGAACUGUGACUUUGACAUCAAGGUGCUGAAUGCAGAAAAAAGUGGCUUUAAAGCAGCUAUAGUGUACAACGAUGAGUCAGACGUCAUCCUUCAGAUGAAUGGAAAUAAAUAUUACAUGGAGGUGACCAUCCCAUCGGUGUUUGUGGGUCUGACAGAUGGGAUGGAGCUGCAGAGAUAUGACUGGAGAACUGGGUCGCAGGUGAAGCUGACCCCAGACUUCACCAUCCCCCUGCACUUCUACCUGCUGCCCUUCGCUAUCAUCGUGGGCAUCUGCUUCGUCCUCAUGCUCAUCUUCAUGGUUGCGAAAUUUGUCCGUGACAGAAGACGACAGCGUCGUUCCAGGCUGUCCAAGGAGCACCUGAAGAAAAUCCCCACCAAGAAGUUCAAGAAAGGUGAUGAGUAUGAUGUCUGUGCCAUCUGUCUGGAUGACUAUGAGGAGGGGGACAAGCUCAGGAUAUUGCCUUGCUCCCAUGCCUACCACACCAAGUGCAUUGACCCCUGGCUGACGGGCAGCAAGCGCACCUGCCCGGUGUGCAAGCGGCGCGUGAUUCCGGGGGACGACGAGACGUCCGACUCGGAGACCAGCCAGUCGGACAUGGAUAGCGAUGACGACAUGCCGGAGACCACGCCCCUCCUGGGCGCCACCGGGCCUGUAGACCGUACCAACUCUGCCAUGGGGACCACUGACACUUCCAGGAUGCACCACUCUGAUGAGGAGAGUACUGAGACCCAGGAGACUGAUGAUGAUGAUGAUGACUCCAGUGGUGAUGAGGAAGAGAAGGGAGCAUGGGGCUACUCCGGAGAAGUGGAGAUCAAAGAUGGACCCUCCCAGGAGACAAAGGUGGAGAUGGGAGAUGAGAAGGAAGAGGAAGAUGAAGAGGAGAACAAGUCUGGACCAGAAAUUGUGUGAUUUUUGGACCAGGUGACCCUAUGGUGCAGCCCACAUGCAGGUUUAUGGACAGGGGGUUUUGCUACAGGGUUGGACAAGUUUUCUAAAAUUCGCUUGUGCUAUCGGGCAAAUACAUAGAAAAUUUACUCGCCCAAACUAACUUUCACUUGUCCUGACAUUUAAAAAACAUUUGUCUAAGUAUUUUCAAUUCCAUCACUAAAAUUCUUUUACUGUUGGCUCUGUUUUUCUGUGUUGACCAAUGCUUGAUGCUAUGGUUGUGUGCAAGGUAACAUGUAUUAAUAAUAAUCUCUUUCAUGGAAAAAUUUUACUUGCCCUAUCAGACAAGUUGUGUAGGACAUGCACUUGCCCAAUCAGCACUUUCACUUGCCCUGGACAAUCAGGCUGGUGGACUUGUCCAACCCUGUGCUACUGGAUUUAACAGCAGAAAAUGUAGCAAUAACUCAAAACAUCUCAGCUUUCUCUCCAAACUUUAGCUGUUCUUCAACACUUGUCUUUCCAUAGGGAUUCAUGCUUUAUCUUCUUGAAAGAGGAACUGGUCAAGGCUGUAAAAUUCGAAGCAAACCCCCCAUGCCAAGUCCAGGCUUGUAACACCUUGGGUAUAUCAUGUGAGGCAUGUGAAAGAAGUUGUCUCUUGUGACCCCAUUUAAAGGAAGACAAGAGACAGCAUCUUCAAAAUGUUCUUCGAAUUCUAACAGGCCUCUGAGAAACAGAGCAAUAAGACUGAUUCCUUCCAGCAUUCAUAUCUCUUGCUAAACUUGAACUUGUCAAUGUAUUCUAGUUGGCGGGUAAGGGUCUUUGAGAAUCCACCUUACUUAGUAUCAAGAGAGAAACAUCUGAGAAAGCUAUUGUUAAAAUCUUAAUGAUGAUUGUAGCUCUAGCUGUGGGUGGACAUAGUAAAGCUGUAGACCAUCUCUUCUCAGUCUCAAUGUGUUGAGUAUAUGCAUGGUUGGUUUGUAAGUAGGACCUUCUGUAUAUGUAGGAACUCUGACUUGCUCAACCCCCACCCACCCUGCUCUUUAGUAACUGAGUUUUUGAAGCCAUGAAAUCCCCAGAAUGCCAGUACAUGUACAUGUAGUUGAAAUAGCAAAAAUGAGAUCGUACUGCGUAUUCCAGUAAAAAGAAAGAUAUCCGGCCAGGCAAAUAUUAGCAUAACUGAGUAGCAGGAUGUGGAUAUGAUCAUUUACAUGCAUAUCCAAAUAGGGAAAGAAAUAAAGAAUGUACAUGUAUCUUUCUCGAUGUUUCGCUCUUUUAUUUUCACUGUUAGUCAGGUACAGUUUAUAGUCUUAACCUGGGUGAUAGGGGAAAUGCUUAUAUGCUAAUACAUUGUAGCACAGCAAAAUUAGCAAGACAGUACCAACCAGAAAAGUUUAGGGAAAAGUAGACUAGUCAUGGAGAUUCUAUGUGUGAUUGUUAUGAUGAUUUUGUUUUUCACCCCUUUCAAGUUGACAACUGUAAAUACCCUAAGUUACUUGGAAGGACGUCUUUCCUGUUAUAUGUGAAGGACCAAAUACUUUUUUUGUGAUUACAAAGAGCAUUUUACAUUGUAUUAUUGUUAAGGAGGUGAUGCCAUGAUUAUUAUGAGGAGAUGUGCAAAUUCUGCGAUAUCAGUGUUGUGUAAGAAAUUUAAAUAUCAAAAUGUUUGAAAGUUGUAAUGGCUUGGUCCAGUCAGGAAAUAGUGGCUGGGGCGACUUUUGUAAUAACUGUUUCUUGUCACAAACAUAAAUAGAGAAAUUUAACCUGUGCACGACAAAUUAUAGCUUGGUGAGAAGCUCUCAAAAGGCCAUCUUUCUUCAGCGCUGAUGGUAGUCACAUGACAUGUCACAAGGUCACAAGGUCAUGUGACAUAUGUAGCAGCAAUCUUUUUAAUUCAGUGCAAAACAGAUUUCCUUUGUGCUCCAUUGCUGCAAAACAGAGACACAAACAAGACCUUCACAAAACAACUAGAUCACAGUUUUUGUAUUGCCAGCCUUUGUGUAAAGAUGUUAGAUUAAGUGAAAAGUUGUGUUACAUAACCAGCAUAUGUAUAUAACAAUUGGGUGAAUGAGAUAUGGGUGAAUGAGAUAUAAUGAUAAGAUCUAUAACUAUCUAUGACUUGAUGACUUAAAAUUGUACAGAGGUCUGUAUAUGGGGCAACUUAACCCUGCAUGCUAAGAAAAUAGAAAGGAAGAGUUAUAUUUUCGGGAUAUAACUAAGAGAACUCUGUGUAAAACAUAUUUUCAUAGAUUUACAUCAUGAUACAAUGGAAGAGGUAUAACUAGAAAGAGGAAAGCAUUGGAGAAAGAUGACAGUCACUGUAAUAAAGGACAUUAUGAUAGAACCAUUUGUAUCAACAUAACUGUGCCAUGCUGUGCUUGGCUGUAGCUGUUCUUAGCGGAAUUUUCACUGCUGUGCCAGAGUAAGAGUCAAUUGUCACAGCUAUCACGUAGAAUACCAGUGUACUUGUAGAUGACACUUACAAGAAAUUAACAGAUGCGUUGUACGUGAAGUUGAUUUUUGUUGAAGGUGUCGUCUGAUGUCAGAAGUAAUAUCAACAGGAAUUUUAUAGCAGAAUGACAAAACAUGUGUUUUACGGAUUUGGAUUUCACGUUUAUGCCAGUAACAAUGUAGUUUAUAAUGUGAAGGAACCAACUGAAGGUGAUACAUAUAAUGUAAAACAAUACAGAAUUGGGAUGAAGUUGUAUAGUGCAUGCGUCAUCUUAUAUUCAAUGCUAGCGCUGUACUAGCUUUUAACGGCAAGUAGUUUUGCAAGUCAUUGGGCAGGGUCCCAAGACUACAAGUAUCUAGACUAGCCUUUGCAGAUUUCUUGGCGUGCCAGUAUUUAAUUUUUUUGGGAUUCUGAACAUGGGCUAAGGUUUUCUAAAUGCUUUCGGAGAUCGUUUUCCAGCCACCACAGUGAGAACCUACUGCCAGCGGGGAUUCCACCCUCCGCGGGAGCCCAGAGGGCUUUCAAGAUGCCAACAUAUAACAGACUUCUUGGUGCUAAACAAUGUCUUCUGGCAUUAGAGAACCUUAGCCAAUGUUGAAAAUUGUGAAUCAGUGUUCUCCCCCCAAAAAGGAAUGCUGGCGCUCUAAGAAGUUCGCAAAGGAAGCAAUACCUUAUCUCACUUUUCAGUGCCACUUGCUUGAACCAAGGAAGUUACAUGUAUAUAAGUCCUUGCUUGAACUUAUAGUGUCAGGGUAGGUUGUUGGAAUCUAAUGACAAAGUGUGUGGCUUGUGAAAUGAGUUUAAGGGUAGGAAAGAGCCAUAAUGACAUUAUUUGGAAGGUUACUUUGCAUGUAGGAUGAUAAGGUUGAAAGUUGACAUUGCCAGAUAGUAACAGAAAAACAAAAAUACCUCUAACCAAGCAGUAAGUAAGUAGAUCUCUGGUGAACCAUGUUUAACAUACAUGGUGAAACUUUGUAAGUUUAGUCAAGAGAACCCAUAUCCACAAAAUUCUGAUGGUUUUAAGUAUUAAGUCUUGUACCUUAUGUAAAUUGUAUGGUAAUGGGUAGGUGUAGUCAAAGAUUUUGUAUUGUUCAAGUUUGACUCAUGAUCAAAAGGGUUUGCCUUUAAUAGGGAAGUUUCAGCAUAUCACCUUAAAGUUCCAUGUGAUUCUUGUGGGGUUAUAAUUGUAAAUUGUGUAAUUUUCUGGGUAAAAUAAAGUUGGUUAUCAGGUCAUG